AUGAUGGACUUUAGAAUUAUCCUUCGAAACAAAAAGCAAGGAAACCAUCAGAAGCAACCAACAACUUUGAAGGUGUGCUUGAACAGGGGAGACUUUUCCACGGCAUCCCACUCGUUGCAGCGACCGCGUGGGAUAUUCCGUCAAAAAAGAGCCAUAACGUCGGUGCACAUUGAAGAAGUUGGUACUGACGAUUCCCACUUUGUGCCUCAGCAAGUUUUGGCUUGUUCCACGUACUUGUCGGAGACUGCCCCCAAGCUGCAACACCUCACACUCGAAGAUGUGACACUGUCAACAAUUGCAGCACUGUCAACCAUGGUGGUGCCACUGGUUCAUUUGACCACCUUGACCUUGCAGCGUGUUCAUUUCCAUGGUGAAGAUGUUAGAAAAGACGACACUAUUACGACACGUUCCUCUGUGGAAACGAUCAUCCUCGAGUCUUGUGAAUUCACAAACUGCUCACUGGACGACGUGCUUGGUGGUGCAACCAAAGGUGGUAGCUUGACGAAGCUCGUGAUCCGAGAUACCCCCAUCUCAGAUGGCAAUCUGGAGUCCAUCAAUAAGAAGUUGAAUCCCAACAAUCCAUUAUCGAAUUUGGAAGACUUGGAAAUCACGGACAUGGGAUCAUCGCCCAAUCUAAAUGACUCCAUCACCGCCAUGGCAAAGGAUUUGAUGAAAGAGACAAUCAGGGCACCACAACGUAUCAAACUAUCUGGUAGCUUUUGGGGCCCAUCCAGCUGUCUCGCAUGGGCUAGCAUGCUCCAGAAAAAUACCACAAUACGCCACCUUUCGUUGGGCGGGAUUGAUUGGAAGGACUAUGGGACUCCGCUGGCACAGUCCCUGCAGCACAAUCAGACAUUGUUGACUUUGGAAUUGGACAAUAGGACGACCUAUCAUGACAGCGACAAUGAUUCCUUUCGUCAACAAGUGACUCCCCUGGUCCUGGCGUUGGCCAAGGAAAACCGAAGCUUGCAAGAAUUACAUCUGAAAUGGCCCUUUGUGUCUCCGUCAAUGGUCCGUCGAGUGUGCACCCAACCCAUGAUUGACAUGCUGCGAGAAAAUCCAGUUCUACGUCACCUGACUCUGGACGGCACUGGAACAUUGACCAGUCUGGAGAUGAAUUUCUACUUGCACUUGAAUCGGCGGGGCAUUCGCCAUUAUCACGAUAACAACGGCAUGAUCUACCAGUUGCUACGUUAUCACAAAGAAAGUGAUGAGGAUGAUUUGGAGUUUCUGAGUACCAUCUUUGUUCUCAUCCUCUCGAACCCAACCGCAUUGUCAAAUGCAGUUGUGUCCGGCCAGGAGAAGAGAGUCACCAGACCCCUUUCUGAAAAACGUAAUGGUCUCGGCUGGCUGCGGAACAAGUUGCGAGCUAGAGAGCAAGCGAUACAAGGCUAG